AUGUCAAACUCAUUCCCCAUCCACCCAGUUGGCCGGUUUGCUGGUGCCAGCGAGCCGGUCAAACGCCCCAAGGAAUUCGCAUGCUUUUCAUACGAUGAACAGCACAACUUCCAACUGGAUGACUCAUCCCUGAAAUGGUACUACCCCCCAACCUUGGGAAGCGACCUGUCAAAGGGCUUCGAGUCCUUUGUCAAACAUGAUGAUAGCCAAGAAGAGCACCUUGACAGUCUCCUCAAAACCAUCACUGGCCAUGAGCGCGAGACUGGGACACCUAUUGAUGCUCAUAUCGUGACCUGGAGAGGUAUGAUGACAAAGAUAAUGGCAGCUCCAUUUGAGGAUCGUGAUGGAUUUGAGCUCAAUGCUACCCUAUACCGGAAUUGCAUUUUCAUUGAGGAGAAUCACGACUACAAGAUGGCUAUGAAGAAGGAACAGGCAUCCCAGCCUUGGAGAGGCCCGAUCCCACAAGAAGUCAUGUCGUUCUGGGGCUACAAGUUCGAGGCCCUGUCGACCAUUCCUGCCCCUUGGGGGGAGACCUCACGCGAAUAUAUCGAAAACAGAGACAACGUGGUAGUUAGCAACAAGGAGCAGUACUGCUCUGUUGUGCGAACGGGGAUUGGUAGCACUGUUCUGUGUCUCGGUGGCGAGGUUGACGCUUUAUGGGAUACGAAGCCUGAGGAGAAAGGAGCACCGAUUAACUGGAUUGAACUGAAAACCUCAGCAGAAAUUCGUUCAGAUCGAGACAUGGACAAUUUCGAGAGGAAGCUGAUGAAGUUCUGGAUCCAAUCUUUCUUACUUGGCGUUCCCAAGAUUAUUGUUGGGUUCCGGUCCCGAGACGGAGUGCUCGUCAAGCUUGAGGAGAUCGAAACAGCCAAUAUCCCAACGACGGCCCAGCGACGAGGCAGGGCUCGUUGGGACGGAAACACAUGCAUCAACUUUGCCAGUGCUUUCCUAGAGUGGCUUCGGAGCGUAGUGAACGACGACGGGGUCUGGAGGAUCAGGAGAAAACCCAAUUCUCCCACUAUCGAUGUGUUCAAGGUCGAGGAGACGGGCCACGGCAAGAUUGUGACGGAUGAGUUCAUCAAUUGGCGGAUUAGGCUCUCAUUAAGCCAGGCGGGACCAGUAGUUUCUUGA